UCCCGCGGACGGACAUCAGAUUUUGGCGGGCGCUCACUUUUUGGCAUCACGCGGUGACAGAGGGGCAAUGACGUCAAGUGCUCUGCUGGACAGUUGAUAACCGUUGAGUUGAUGCUUCAGUCCUCACUGUUGAUGUUCAGGACUCCGGAGAAAACUUUGAGAAGAGAGGCAGUUUGUGUUUUUAUCAGAAGUUAGAAACCGUCGAAAGACAGCCACGCGUUUCAAAUUAGACAGUUAGGAGAGUUUACCAAAAAUUACUGUAUCACCAAUGUCGCCGGCUCCUUUUUAGACGAGCUAACCCUACUGUUGCUAGGUUUAGCUAGCAGCGAUAGCCUUGAUGCUAACCUGGACCCGGGAAUGAAAAAGCGGACAGAGCUGGAACCCAAACAUGGGGUGAAGAAAGUUGGACACUUGGAGAACUUAACCAAGACAAUAAUGGAGAAUCUGUGUUGGAAGGCUACACGUCCAGGGGAGCUUAAUUUGACGUGGUUGAUGGUCAUUCUGCCAACAUGACAGACAGAAGGAGAGACUCACUGUGUCAAUCAUCGAAUCAGGAUGUUUUUUCUCCUCUGGGUGGCUCUGCUUUUCUCUGUGAGAGGCAGCAGUGCUGACACAGGUGCAUCAGUGGAACACUGUAACAGUGGAUACUGUAUCACUCUUAAUGAAGGAGAAAUAUCAGCAGAGGCUGGACUCUGUGUUGUGAUACCGUGUUCCUUCAGUACUAGUUAUGGCUUUAUGCUUGAACAUAUAGUUUGGUACAAAUGUGAAUCUAACCGGAGAUGUGGUGACUCAGACGUGAUAUUCCACACCAACAAGAACAACAAAAAAGUUCAGCCUCAGUUCAGAGGACGAGUGUCACUGCUGCAAUCUGACCUGAACCAGAAGAACUGCAGCAUCAUCAUCAAUGACCUCACUGUGUCAGACUCUGGAUCAUAUCAGCUCAGAGUUAAUGGGUUCCGGUAUAAGUGGCCAGGUGGUUCCUUGAAUAAGGCAACUGAGGGAUUUACAUUCUCUGCAAGACCAACUGUCUCUGUUAAAGAUCUGAUCCAGAAGCCCACAGUGAUGAUUCCUCCUCUGACAGAGGGACAGCAGACCACACUGACCUGCACUGCUCCUGGUCUCUGCUCUGGAUCUGAGCCUACAAUCACCUGGAGGUGGAGAGGGACCGUAGCGAACAACUCUCACAUUACAGGAAACAUCACUGCUGAGAAUCGCAGCUCAACUUUGACAUUUAACCCUUCAGCUGAACUCCAUGGCACCAAUUUUACCUGUAAGGUCCGCUUCACAGGUGACACAACUACAGAGGAGACAGUGACUCUGAAUGUAACCUAUGUGAAGGAAAUUAAAGUCACUGGAAAUACAAGUGUGAUAGAGGGUGAAUCGCUGAAUCUGACCUGCAGUGUUGAAAGUUUCCCUCCAUCUCUCAUCACAUGGACUAAAUUAUCUGAAAGAAACUUGCAAAAUGGAACAGAAAUGAAUCUGCAAAACAAGACUUUAUCUGACCUGCAGAACGACACUGAAACCUUCUUGCAGGCAGACAGUGGGAUGAGCAAUUUCUCCAUCUUUAACAUGACAGUGGAAGAUUCUGGAGAGUACAUCUGUACAGCAAAACAUCUAAACAACACCCUGAUGAAAAGAGUUGAUGUAACAGUGAAAUAUAUGAAGAAUCCUGUAAUCACUGGUGACACAACUGUCGAGGUGGGACGAGCUCUGAAUCUGACCUGCAGUGUUGAAAGUUUUCCACCCUCUCAUAUCACAUGGACUAAAUUUGGUUCCAAAACAGACCUGCGCAAUGAGCCCAAUACUGACCUGCAGGACAAUGCUGGCUCUGCAACACUCGUCAUCCAUAGUGUGACAGCAGAACAUUCUGGACAGUACAUCUGUACAGCAAAACACCUGGAAACUACUGUGACAGUAUAUGCUGAUGUAACUGUGACCUCUUUUCCAAAGAUCUUAAACUCUGAAUGUAAGAUUCAAGCCGAGGUGCUGACCUGUGUGUGUAUCAGCGACGGGCUUCCUUUACCCACCAUUAAAUGGCCACUGUUGAGGAACUACACUGACUACACUGUUAUUAACACCGUCUCAAACCACACAGUGAACUGCACGGUCACUCUUGCUGUGAAAGACCACAGCAACGCUGCUGCUGAGUGUGUCAGCAGCAAUGGAAAUGGGGAAGUAAAAAAAAACUUCACCAUCCAAAAAGUUGAGACAAAACCAGAACUAGAAGAACAGUUCGAGGCCCUAUUUAAAACUGUGUCAUGGCUGCAACUCAUACUCGCCUUCAUGGUUGGGGUACUUCUUUCAGCUGUCAUUUGCUGUUUGGCAAUAAAAUGUCGAAGAAGAAAACAGAAGAGUUCUGGAAAACUGGAUGAAACUCUGGAGAUGGUGACCAGCCAGGACGAUCCACUGAUAGAUGCUGGUCAAGUAGCGGAAGAUGAUCAGACCUAUUACCAAGAAGGAACUGAAGAAGGAGAAGCUGUGGCAGCAGAUAAUGCAGCCCUUGAUCUUAAUGGUGGACCGAAAGAUGUUGAGUAUGCCAGCAUUGAUUUCUCCGCCUUGAAAAGAAAGAGCCCGAGGAAGGCAGCAAAGACGCAUGAGAGCACGGAGACGGAGUAUGCUGAAAUCAUGAAAAAAGCUAAAGAGGAAAGAGAAGAUAAUGGUGGAGAGGAAGGUGAAGUAUUGGAGGGCAAAGAGGAGGCGGAAAUGAUACAGGAAGAUGAGGAGACGAAACAUAGCGUCCCAGAGGAGGAGGAAGGAGAGGAUAUGGCAGUGUACUCCAGUGUGAAGGAUAUAAUGGCUUUACUAUUUGCUUCAACUAAGAUGGUGAACAUGGAAAUCUUGGUCCUGUGCAGCAUCGACACCAACUGUCUCAAACACCAAAUCAGGAUGUUUGUUCUCAUCUGGGCGGCUCUUCUCUUCUCUGUUAGAGGCAAAGGUACAUCAGAAGGAGGGAAAAUCUGUCCAAAUGGAUCCUGUUUCAAUCUUAAUGAAGGAGAAAUAUCAGCAGAGGCCGGACUCUGUGUUGUGAUACUGUGUUCUUUGAACGUGACAUCUGGCUAUAAAACCCAAAAUAUGACUUGGUUCAAAUGUGAACCAUCCAAACAAAAGUGUGAAUUAGUCAUGAGUCAGCCUGAGUUUAAAGGACAAGUGUCACUGUUGGAGUCUGAUUUGAGUCGGAACAACUGCAGCAUCAUCAUCACUGACCUCACUCAGUCGGACUCUGGACCAUAUCAGAUCAGAGUUGAAGGUUUAGUGGUCACUAAAUCAAAGGGAUUUGCAUUCAAUCGAAAAUUGAAUGUCUCUGUUACAGAUCUGAUCCAGAAGCCCACAGUGAUGAUUCCUCCUCUGACAGAGGGACAGCAGACCACACUGACCUGCACUGCUCCUGGUCUCUGCUCUGGAUCUGAGCCUACAAUCACCUGGAGGUGGAGUGGAAGCAGAGAGAAGAGUUCUCACAUCACAGGAAACAUCACUGAGUUCAAGACUGAGAAUGUGACUACUGUCACACAGAGGCACAGCUCGACUUUGACCUUUAAUGCUUCAGCUGAACACAACGGUACCAGUGUUACCUGUAAGGUCAGCUUUAUUAACAACAUCACUACAGAGGAGACAGUGACUCUGAAUGUGACCUCUUUGAGUGGACCUGUAAUCACUGGAGUGACAGAAGUAAAAGGUGGUGAUGCUCUAAAUCUGACCUGCAACGUUGAAAGUUUCCGUCCAUCUGUUAUCACAUGGAUUAAAUGUGGUUCCAACAAAAACCUGCAAAAUGAAACCACGAUCCACCUGCAGAACGAGACUGGAACAGCCAUUCUUGUCAUCCUUAAUGUGACGGCAGAACACUCUGGGGGGUACAUCUGUACGGCAAAACACCAGAACGCUACUCUGACAAAACAUGCUGAAGUAACUGUUAAAUUUUCUCCAAGGAUCUUAGAAAGCUCUUCAUGUGAGGUUCAGUCAGAGGUCCUGACCUGUACGUGUAUCAGUGAGGGGUUUCCUGCACCCACCAUCAAAUUCCCGAUGUUGGACAAUCACGGUGAAUACACUGAAUACUCUGUCUCUACCAAUGUGUCAAACCACACCGUCAGAGUGACUGUAUCUUUAAAACAUCAAGACUACACCACUGUUGAGUGUGUCAGCAGCAAUGGCCAGGAAGCAAGAAAGAACCUCACGGUCAAUAUAAAGGAGUUCAAACUAAAGGAUCUGUUCCAGGAAUUGUUGAUAAUUGUUCAACAGCCGAGGGUCAUCAUUUCAUUUCUGACUGGGAUUCUUCUCACAUCAACCAUCUGUUGUUUGGCCAGAAUGUGUUGCAGAAAAAAACAGAAGAGCCCUGAAAAACUGGAUGAGACGCUGGAGAUGAUGACUACUCAAGUGAUUCCACUGAUGGAUGGUGGUCAAUUUGUGGAAAAUGGUGGGAACCAUCACCAAGAAGCAGCUGAAGACGGAGCCAAGGCUGCUGUGCAUCCAGUUCCUGAGUGUGACGCUGAACCAAAAGAGGUGGAAUACUCGGCCAUCGACUUCUCCGCAUGUAAACAGAAGAGUCCCACUGAGGACACACGGGAGACCACAGAGACGGAGUAUGCUGAAAUUAAGAAGGAAGAAGCAGAGGGGAGACAAGAUGUUGCUGGGGAGGAAGGCGAAAUUUUGGUGGGCAAUGGAGAGGAGGAGGGGAUUAUGGGGGAAGAUGAGGAGCAGAAACAGUGCAUGUCUGAAAAAGAGGAGAAAGGAGAGGAAACGGCACUGUACGCCACUGUAGAUGAAGUCAUGGCUACCAAUAUAUUUCACAAUACGAGAAUAGAGAAGUGCUUUCAAGAGACUGAAGCCAAAAUGGAGGAACGGGUUGAAUGUAAAAAUUCUGCAGACAGGAUUUCGUCCCAUGCAGGCAGAGACCGUCUCAAUCAUCGGAUCAGGAUGUUUCCUCUUGUCUGGAUGACCCUGCUCUUCACUGAGAGAAGCAGCUUUGUUGACACAGUUGCAUCUCUAGGAGAUCCCCCUGUAAUAUCAGCAGAGGCUGGACUCUGUGUUGUGAUACCCUGUAAUGUUACAACUGAUUCUGGCUUCGCUUUGGAAAGUUCAGCUUGGUACAAAUGUGAACAGAACUGUACUGAUUCUGACAUAAAACUCCACUUGAACAACACCAACUCCAAUGCUCAGCCUGGGUCUAGAGGACGAGUGUUGCUGUUGGAGCCGGACCUGGGUCAGAACAAUUGCAGCAUCAUCAUCAAUGACCUCACUCAGUCAGACUCUGGAUCUUAUCACUUCAGAGUUAAAGGUUUCCUGAAGGACACAACAAAUAAAUUUACACCCUAUCAAAAAACAAACAUCUCUGUUGAAGAUCUUACCCAGAAGCCCACAGUGAUGAUUCCUCCUCUGACAGAGGGACAGCAGACCACACUGACCUGCACUGCUCCUGGUCUCUGCUCUGGAUCUCAUCCUACAAUCACCUGGACGUGGAGUGGAAGCAGAGAGAAGAGUUCUCACAUCAGAGGAAACAUCACUGAGUUCAAGACUGAGAAUGUGACUACUGUCACACAGAGGCACAGCUCGACUUUGACCUUCAAUUCUUCAGCUGAACACCACGGCACCAGUGUUACCUGUAAGGUCAGCUUUAUUAACAACAUCUCUACAGAGAAGACGGUGACUCUGAAUGUGACCUACUUCAGGAAGCCUGAAAUCACUGGAAGGACAACAUUAAAUCAGGGUGAUACACUGCACUUAACCUGCAUUGCUGAAAGUUUCCCUCCCACUUCUGUUAUUUGGACUCUAGUCCCAUCCGCCAAAGACCUGCACAGUGGAAAUGAAACUGACCUGCAGAACAACAAUGGAAGUGCCACACUUGUGUUCCCGAAUGUGACAGCAGAACAUACCGGACAGUACACCUGCACAACAAAACACCCGAACACGACUUUGUCUGUGAAUGCCAAUGUCACUGUGACUUUGAAUCCAAAGAUCCUCAACAGCUCUGGAUGCAUAAAUCAGUCAGAGUUUCUGGCCUGUAUGUGUAUCAGUCAGGGGUUUCCUUUACCCACCAUCAAAUGGCCGCUGUUGCAGAACCACUCCGAGUACUUUGUCAGUACCACCGUCUCAAACAACACGAUCAACAGCACCAUCAUCCUAACUGUAAAAGAACAAAGUAACACUGGUGUUGAGUGUGUCAGCAGGAAUGAAAAUGGUGAAGUAACAGAGAAACUCAUCAUGAAAAAAGCAGAAAAAGAAGAAGUUCAAAUCAGGAAAUUCCUCAGAAUUGUGACAAGUUUGGAAAUCAUCAUUGCGUUUUUGAUCGGCGCUCUUCUUUCUGCAAUCACUUGCUGUUUUGUGAGGAAAUGUCACAGAAACAAACGGAGGGCCAAUGGAAAUCAGGCUGACACUCUGGAGAUGGUGGCAAUUCUCGAGGAUCAGAUGAUAUCUGGUCCAGCAGCGGAAGCAGGUGAAGCUGGCGCGGUGGGGAAAUCAGACGUGGAGUACUCCCACCUUGAUUUCUCCCUGAUUAAGAGACAGACUCCAGCAGAGGCAGGGACGACACAAGGAAAGGCCGAGACAGAGUACGCUGAAAUUAAAAGAGAAAAAGUAAAGGCGAAACAAGAUGGAGAGGACAAAGUGGAAGAGGAGAUGAUAGGGAAGGACGAGGAGCCAGAACAUGGUGUGCGAGAUGAGGAGGAAAGUGAGGAUGCGGCGGUUUAUUCUACAGUGAAGGAUGUAAUGGAUCAGAUUGACGGUGAAUUGAGUGUUUCUUAGUUAUUAAAGGAUAAAGCUGCUUCUUGUUGUGGUGA